AUGCCCAACAUCAUCAUUAUUGGAGCAGGAGUCUCCGGGUUGACCUCAGCGUACCUUCUAUCCAAAGAUCCAGGCAAUAAGAUCGCCGUCGUAGCCAAACACAUGCCAGGCGACUACGACAUCGAAUAUGCAUCACCAUGGGCUGGCGCAAACUUCAUGCCAAUGUCUUCAUCACCAGGAAGCCAAUGGGAACGUAAAACAUGGCCGCAACUCAAAAAACUUGCAACAGAUGUUCCUGAAGCUGGCAUCCAUCUUCAAAAGUGUCGGAUCUAUCGCCGACAAAAAGACAUGGAGAAGUUGAGAAGCAGUGGCGGUACAACCUUCAGCAACGUCUUCGCCGAAAACCCUUGGUGGCGCGAACUGGUGGACGACUAUCGAGAUCUCUCUACCUCCGAAAUGCCAUCAGGAAUGGCAUCAGGUUGUGAAUUCGGUUCUGUCUGCAUCAACCCAGCUCUCUAUCUCCCCUGGCUUGUAGGCCAAUGUCGCGCAAACGGAGUGGUAUUUCAUCGCAAGGUUUUGACACAUGUAUCCGAACUACAAUCCCUUGAAUUCGGCGGCUUUAAGCCCGAUAUCAUCGUUAACGCGACAGGAUUAUCAGCCGCCAAAUUAGGAGGUGUGGAAGAUAAAAGUUGUUACCCUAUACGUGGGCAAGUGGUUGUAGUGAGGAAUGUGGCACCAGCCAUGGUGUGUGUGUCAGGUACUGAUGACGGCGACGAUGAGGCCUGUUACAUGAUGACGCGAGCUGUGGGUGGUGGAACCAUCCUAGGGGGCACCAUGCUGAACGGUAGCUGGGAAAGUCAACCUGAUCCCAACAUCGCCAGUCGCAUCAUGAAAAGAGCUGUGAGUAUGUCUCCAGAGCUGACGGAUGGUCAAGGGCCGGAAUAUCUUGAUGUUAUCCGACAUGGUGUUGGGUUAAGACCUGGAAGGGAGGCUGGUGUGAGGCUUGAGAAGGAGAAGAUUGAUGGGGUUUGGGUUGUGCAUAAUUAUGGACAUGCUGGAUGGGGUUAUCAGGGGUCGUAUGGAUGUGCUGAGGAGGUUGUUGCUCUUGUGAACGAGAUCCCGCCGCAAGCCAAAUUAUGA